GCAAUAAAACGUCAAUCAAUUUUGACGUUUAAUUUGAUAAAAGUAAACAUGUCUGUAAAUAUGACUAAUAAAAGUUCUAGUUAGUAGAGGCGUAUUCAUCAAAAGUAAUGUUAAUUAUUGUAAAAAAUCAAAGUUGACGAACUUGGAAGUUUAAAAGUCACGGAAUAAUUAAUACUAAAAUGGUUACAGAAGCGUAUAUAGAAGCCGAAUUCCCCUUGCACUGGUGUGUCUGGAAAAAUGACUACCAACGUUUGGGGAGUCUCCUCUCAUCCAAACAGCAUGAUAAAGAAAAGCAGGAUGUUAGGGGUAGGACUCCUCUAAUGCUGGCUGUAACAUUAGGUCAUUUGGAAUCUACUAGAACCUUGUUAAAUCAUGAAGCCAAUGUUAAUUGCGAAAAUUUGAAUGGUUGGACAGUUGUACAAGAAGCAGUCGCUACAGGGGACCCGGAACUAGUGCAGAUAGUUUUGGAAAGCAGGGAUUUCCAGAGGUAUACCAGUAGAAUGGCAGGUAUUCCACAGUUAUUGCACCGAUUGAAAGAAGCUCCAGAUUUUUAUGUAGAAAUGAAGUGGGAGUUUACCAGUUGGGUUCCAUUAGUAUCCAGGAUGUGCCCAAGUGAUAUUUACAAGGUUUACAAACAAGGGUCUAGUGUUAGGAUAGACACAACACUUUUAGGAUUUGAUCAUACCAGUUGGCAAAGAGGAAAUAGAAGCUAUGUUUUUCAAGGACACAAUGAUGGUGCUAUUAUGAUGGAGAUAGAUCACGAUCUCCAACAAGUUUACUGUGAACAAAUGAAGACUACCGAGGAUUCUUUAAGUAUAUUAAUGCCAAACGAAGAAUCCGUUUCUCAGCGACUGACAACACCAAUCGUUACCACAUAUAUUGAUACAGAAAAAAUUAGUUUUGAAAGAAAUAAGGCUGGUAUGUGGGGAUGGAGAUCCGACAAGACUGAAAUUGUGAAUGGGUACGAAUGCAAGGUAUUCGGCGCAUCCAAUGUAGAAUUAGUGACCAAAACGAGAACCGAACACCUGACGGAAACCGACAAAGCUCGGAGUAAAAACAAUAAAAAUCCUCUACAGAAUUUCCUAGGAAUUGCAGAAGUUUCCGAGCCGCAAGCUCUCGCUUUACCUCAAAAUAAAGAAUACGUUAAUUCUAGCAACCCUUGUAAUAUUACACCCGAGGAAUACUUCGACAAAGACAUUGAUCUCAGCUCUCAGGGACGUGAUAUCGGUAGACCAAAAGAGAUUCAAGUAAAAGUUCAAAAAUUCAAAGCUAACUUGUGGCUGUGUGAAAACUAUCCGCUUUCUUUGCCAGAGCAGAUACUUCCUAUAGUCGAUUUAAUGGCGAUAUCGAGCUCCCAUUUUGCUAAACUGAAAGAUUUUAUUCAGAUGCAGCUUCCUUCUGGAUUUCCUGUCAAAAUUGAAAUACCACUAUUUCAUAUUUUAAAUGCAAGAAUAACAUUCGGAAACAUCUUCGCUAUGGAUUCUGAGGUACCACACGUAUCUCAACUUCAAGAAGAAGGUCGACUUACUUGUGUUCUAGACGAAAGCUUAUUCAAAUGUCCAUCUGGAUAUGCUCACAUUGGUUUAGAUGGUCGUCGACAGUUUAGUAUGGAAGAAGAAGAUGAUUUGCUUCAAUUCGCCAUACAACAAAGUUUGGUCGAAGCUGGUACGGAGAGAGAAGAGGUGGAUAUUUGGGAAGCACUUAAAGCCCAGAAACCAUCCCGACCGGAAACACCUAAUUAUGUAGGAGGAGAAGAGGAACGGCAAUUACAAAGAGCUAUCCAAGCCAGUUUAGAGCUUUACCAGCAAAACGCACCACCCAACACUCUGUCCACUUCCAACGCCAGUCCGAGCGAAACAGACUCCGAUCUCCACCUAGCCCUGAUGCUCUCUCAACAAGAAGAAGAAAAGAAGAGGCAACGGGAAGAAAAGGAACGGAUAGACGAGCAGAAACUGCUGGCGGAGAUUCUAGAAUUGUCGCUAAAAGAAAAAUAAGUUUUUGUCCAACUAGAAACGGUUGUAUUUGGAUGUUAUCCAGGUAUAUUGAUUUUGUAGAUGUGAUUUUGAGGAACGGUGGUAUGUUUUGAAAUUGUAGAUAUUUCUUUUAUUUUCUUCCAACAAUAAUUACGUUUAUUAUAAAAUUUUUACAUCGUG